UAUCAAUUGAUUAACAGAGAUCUGGAUGUAAAUGUACUUACAUUCCUUUGGGCACUCAUUCAGGAACAACCCAUGCAAAUGAAUCUUAAGACCCUUUACAGGACUAUCUGAAAAUCAAGAUGAGCCACGCCCAUGAAUUCCGUCAACUGGAAGGCGCCCUCGCCAACUUGGACGAUCUGAUCGGGAGCAUGACAAAGGAUGCGCCCACUGCUGCGCCCGCCCCAACGGACGAGGUAGACCUCGAUGCCCUCAUAGCUGACCUGAACCGGUCCUUCCCCAUGGCAGGUCAAACAGCUGAACAACCCACUGCUGCCUCAAACAAUAGCCCGACUGAUGAUGGGAACGAUUAUGAGCAUCUGGGGAAGAUUGAACCAUACCCUGAUUACGACCAACUCGAGGGUGAUGCCGAGGCUUUCAAGGAGGAACUUGGGGAUGACAUAGGAGUAUUGAAGCCAAACAAAGCACCACUGGGCCGAGGGCCACCACCAAUGCCAUUCAAGAGAAGCGCCUCACUCCCUACACCGCAUCUAUUCAAAGACGGGCGAUCAUUUGAAGAGACCAGGGAACGUACACUGACACCACCCCCACCACCAAACAUCCCAGUGCCUCUACCGCCAAGAGAACCACCGCCACCGUUUCAAGACCUGGCACAACCGCCAGGGCAUCUAGGUCAAGAGCCACUGACACCACCUCCGAUGCCUCCAGAGUUGAUACGGUCAAGGACAACAUCACAUGAGCGAAAGAUGUCCUUACCAGAGGAUGAAAGAGAAUGGCGGAAACAACUACUAAAACAGACGUCAGAGAACAUCAGCAGCGAAAGCAAGAGAAAGGUUCUCGUGAAUUUCCACAAUAUCGACCAAAGCUACAAGACGCUGGCCUUAGAGGAGACGUACAAAGCUAGAGACAUCUGCAACCGGCUCGUUAUAAAGAACAUGGGACUUGAUGACAAGAACUGGAUGCUGAUCGAGUUCUUAUCACAAUUUAAGAUACAACGAGUUAUUGAGGACCAUGAAUUAGUACUGAGCAUCUACGAUUCCUGGGGAGGCAACAUGGACAACAUCAUCUACUUCAAAAACGAUUUCAAGAAAUAUGAGAUCUUUCAAAACCCUGCACAAUUCUUCCCAACCCACAUGAUCGAGCAAUCAGAAGAGGAUGGAGCAUUGUCAGAAAAGGCAGAGAAAGCGAAGAAAAUACUCUUGCAGAACUUGUUCAGUACAACGGACAGGGUACCGGAUAUUGAAAGCUACCUCCACUUAAAGGAGCAGGGGAGAAGGUCAUGGAAAAGAGCGUUCUGUAUGCUGAGAGGGACCAGGAUUGUUUACUCAUCCAAAGGGACAUCAAAGGACCCAAAGCAUUUGGUCACAUUCACAAUCUUUGACGACCUUGAUCUCUAUUUAGCAAGAACACCUAAAGAAACGUUUGGUGCUCCGACAGACUUCUGUUUCUGUUUCAAGCCAAGAAAACCAGUGAGGGAUGCGCGAGAGCUGAUAUGCCUGUGUACGGACGACCCUAGGAGCCUGAAAUGCUGGAUGGCAGGAGUGCGAUUGGGAAAGUAUAGCGGCACUUUGAGGGAGAAUUAUCGGAUUGCUGUCCGACGAAUGGAGAAGCUGAAGAAGCUAAAGCAAGAUAAUGAUAAGGAUUCGGACAGUCUUAUAUCAGGGCCGUACUCAGAUCAACUGUGGUACCACGGGCUGAUCACACGUGAAGAAACCAGUCGACGCAUGGCUAAACACGGCUUCAAUGACGGGGCAUUCAUGGUACGCGACAGCCAAUCGAGUCCCGGCUCAUUUGUGAUCUCGUUCAUCCUCGACCGCAAGAUCAAACAUUUCCAAGUAUUACCGAUGAAAGUUGAAGGAGAGACAUUCUACUCGGUGGACGAGGGAAGAACUAAAUUCUACGACGUAACAGAUCUCGUGAAUUACUACACGAAGGAGAGAGGCAUCAUGCCAGUCUUGCUCAAGGAAAUCGUGCGGAGAGAUUAAAUCGAUACACAAAACACUCAAGGAAACUCAAGCAAAAUGGGAGACGCCUUUCCACAAUCAGGAGACUGGACCGGACAAGAACGUACACAAUUUUGUCUGAUCCAGAUAUUUUUAACGCAUGGGCGGAUUUUCCUCCUAGAACAAGCGAUUUUUUUCUUCCGGCAUCUUCGCACCCUGGAAUGUUAAGGAGGGUGUGAAGGCCAUUUUUCAAUGUUUACAUGUUUCAAAUUUGCCGCCUUCAACUUUUAAGUUAUGCUAGGUAUGCGAGGUCUUCCCUACUUCUAAAAAGGGUGGUUAUUUCCAAGAUGGUGGAUAGGGCCAAAGUGGUUUUCUCUAUCUCUUUGUAAUCUACUGAUAUCUCAAACAUCUUUGGCCAAAGUGGCCCAGUUCGUUAGUUUUGUGUUCUGUGGAGUCAUGGUCAGUCACUAGGUCGUUAAAAAUUCUUAAACCGUACCAAUAGAACCUGGACUUGUUGUUCAUUCUUUGGUGCGCGUUUGAGGCAGACCCCAUGGCUCCCACAGAGGGUAUCGAGGACUUACUUAAGACGGCUCCUGGUAUAAACAUGUACAUGAUUCAAACUCACAUUAAACGAGUGAAGAGAAAAACAUGUCUCAGUAAUACGA